CGGUGGCGCCGUAGUAGAGUUGCCUCCUCCUCGCGCUGCCAAGAACCGACCUCAUUUGCAGUCGGGACAGGCAGGCAAGGAACUUUGUGUUCGGCACACGGAAUAUAACAUCGAUUACAAGAAGUACAAUGACAAAAAAGUGUGCAUGGUGAGAGAGAAGUCGGUCGCCGGCGAAGAAAGGAGAGUAAAAAGCAGAGAAGGGAGUGAUGAAGAGAGAGAAGACAAGACAGACGGCGAUGGAGGGAGGAAAACCAAGUACGAGAAACCUCCGUUCAGCUACAAUGCGCUGAUAAUGAUGGCGAUUCGCCAAAGUCCGGAGCGUCGGCUCACCCUCAGUGGCAUUUACGAGUUCAUCAUGGGAAACUUCCCCUACUACCGUGAUAAUAAACAGGGUUGGCAAAACUCAAUCCGCCACAAUCUGAGCCUCAACAAGUGCUUCGUCAAAGUGCCCCGGCACUACGAUGAUCCUGGUAAAGGCAACUACUGGAUGCUUGAUCCUUCCAGUGACGACGUAUUUAUUGGUGGCACAACUGGGAAACUACGUCGACGAUCCUCUGCCGCUUCCAAAGCAAAGCUUGCCAUCAAAAGGGGCACUCGCCUAGCCUCCGCCACUGCAGCUGGGCUCGCAUUAACCGGGUCAUUUUAUUGGCCUGUGGCACCUUUCGUUACUAUCCAACCUACGACGCAGACACACACUGGCUCAGCACUUGGGUAUAGCUCCUCAUAUUUCGGGUCACAUCACACUAACUAUGCCUCCACCGUCUUGUCCCAGACCUCGCAUCAUAUAAGUGCAGCGGCAGCAGGGGCCGACCGUCGCCUGUUGCAGGUCACCCAAGAGAGUCCGUUCUUCGGGGCGAGUGGCGGCCUCCCUCGACGCCACCAGAUGACUUCUUCUGCAUCGUUCGCCUCGUCCGCGCUGCCUUGCGCCUUGUCACUCCCAGGUCCUUCUUUUAACCUGUUUCCCAGCCAAGCCAGCUAUUAUUACUCACACCAAAUACCCCACCCGACGACUCUCAGCACACUGUCCCAAGAAGAAUCCUCGCUUCCGAGGGCCUCUCCUGGCGGGCACUUUGUGCCUGGAAGCAACGGAUCCUCGGAUUACAUUGGGACGCUGUGUGCCGAGUUUCCCAAUUAUUUACCCUCAAACAAUCAUAUAAGUUCUCUAAAUGCUAUUCUCCCGUAGACGGAAAGGACACCUCGUCUU